AUGAAUUUCUUCUUUUUAAACGUUCUUAUCGUGCUAACAAUCUUUAUGAGCAUUGGAUUACAAGUAGGAGAAGGUGCUCAAAUAGAAAGAAGACCGUGUCGACAAGACUGUACAAGUGUAUGUAACAUAAGAGGUAGAGCGGACGGCUACUGCUUACGAGGACAUUGUUUAUGUCAAAAAAUCAGCUAUAAAAAUUUUCCU